CUCCGCGUCUAAGACCCGCUUUGUGGCGACAACACGAUCUUUACCUGCAGCUUGUUUGGAAGCAGACAGUCCGAGUCCCACCAGGUGCUUCAGGCGGAUUCCCCUCCCACCAAGCGACAGGUCACCGCUCCUCCAGCCCCAGCCGGCCUGCUACCUCAGUGCAUCAGUCUGUCGGAGCAUGGCGACAGGGGGUGAGCAGCCAUCAUCCAGUCAUCAUAAACACACCAACAGGUUGGCCAAGGAGAGGUCACCCUACCUGUUACAGCAUGCACACAAUCCUGUUGACUGGUAUCCGUGGGGACAGGAAGCUUUUGAGAAGGCGAAAACUGAAGACAAACCAGUUUUUUUAUCAGUGGGUUAUUCCACAUGUCACUGGUGCCACGUCAUGGAGAGGGAGUCUUUCCAGGAUGAAGAAAUUGGCAAAAUCCUUAGUGACAACUUUAUCUGCAUCAAACUAGACAGGGAGGAAAGACCUGAUGUGGACAAGGUCUAUAUGACCUUUGUACAGGCAACAAGUGGACGUGGUGGCUGGCCUAUGAGCGUUUGGUUAACUCCUGACCUGCGACCUUUUAUUGGAGGUACUUACUUCCCCCCCAGAGACCAAGGAAGACAACCUGGAUUAAAGACAGUUCUGCUUAGAAUCAUUGAACAGUGGCAGAACAACCGUGCUGCUUUGGAGUCAACUGGUGUGAGGAUACUCGAGGCUCUUAAGAAAGCCACAGCCAUCAGUGCAAACCCAGGAGAAAGCCUUCCACUGGCCCCAGAUGUUGCUAAGCGCUGCUUCCAGCAGCUGGCCCAUUCUUACGAGGAGGAGUACGGAGGCUUUAGGGAUGCUCCAAAGUUUCCUUCACCAGUGAAUCUGAUGUUCCUCAUGUCUUACUGGUCUGAGAAUCGCUCCACUUCAGAAGGAGUGGAGGCGCUCCAGAUGGCCUUGCACACACUGAGAAUGAUGGCACUGGGAGGCAUCCGUGACCACGUGGCACAGGGCUUUCACCGGUAUUCCACUGAUUCCUCGUGGCACGUUCCUCACUUUGAGAAGAUGUUGUAUGACCAGGCUCAGUUGGCUGUGGCUUAUAUUACUGCCUUCCAGGUAUCAGGUGAGCAGUUCUACGCAGAUGUAGCUAAGGACAUACUGCUCUACGUCUCCAGAGACCUGAGUGACAAGUCUGGAGGUUUCUACAGUGCUGAGGAUGCAGACUCUGUUCCAGCAUCAGGGGGGCUAGAAAAGCGAGAAGGGGCCUUCUGCGUCUGGACGGCCUCAGAGAUUCGUGAGCUUUUGCCAGACAUGGUGGAGGGCGCCACUGACGCUGCCACACAAGCAGACAUCUUUAUGCAUCACUACGGGGUCAAGGAGCAAGGCAAUGUUGAACCACAACAGGACCCACAUGGCGAGCUGCGAGGCCAGAAUGUGCUGAUCGUUCGGUAUUCAGUCGAGUUAACAGCUGCUCGCUUUGGCAUUACGGUUGAAAAGGUCAACAAAUGCCUGGCUUCUUCCAGGGCCAAAAUGGCAGAAGUAAGGAAGGCACGUCCAUGCCCACACCUGGACACCAAGAUGCUGGCGUCAUGGAAUGGCCUGAUGCUGUCGGCCUUCGCACGUGUUGGAGCUGCCCUGGAGAACAAGGCCUUGCUGGAGAGAGCGGUGCAGGCAGCCAACUUCCUGAAGGAGUACCUGUGGGACGCGGAGCGGCAGACCAUCCUCCGAUGUUGUUACCGCGGAGACCAGAUGGAGGUUCAGCAGAUAUCUCCACCUAUCUCUGGCUUCCUGGAUGACUUUGCCUUCAUCGUUGGUGGCCUGCUGGAUCUGUAUGAGGCCACGCUGCAAACAGAAUGGCUGCAGUGGGCGGAGGAGCUGCAGCUCCGGCAGGAUGUGCUGUUUUGGGACGACCAGGGUGGAGGUUACUUCAGCUGCGAUCCCAGCGACAGCACAGUUCUGCUGCAGCUGAAGGAAGAUCAAGAUGGCGCUGAGCCCAGUGCUAACUCUGUGUCAGCUUUCAAUCUUCUGCGUUUGUCCAGCUACACUGGAAAACAGGAGUGGCUGCAGAAGUCCCAGCAGCUGCUGACAGCGUUUUCUGACCGGCUGACCAGGGUUCCCAUAGCCCUGCCUGAGAUGGUCCGGGCUCUCAUGGCUCAACACCACACACUCCAACAAGUUGUGAUCUGUGGCCAGAGGGAUGCUUCAGACACCGCGGCUCUUCUAGCAGCUGUCAACUCCCUCUUCCUUCCAUUUAAGGUUUUGAUGCUCAUUGAUGGAAAUCCAGAAAGCGUCCUGUCCCACCAGCCCGGCCUGGCCUGCAUGACCCAGCUGGACGGUGUCGCCACAGCGUAUGUCUGUCAGAGCUUCACAUGUUCUCUGCCCAUCACAAACCCCCAGGAGCUUCGUCGACUUCUCUUGCAUGGGACGACGGACACACAGACAAAAUGACACCUAAAGAGCUGACUUGACCUACGCAUUUGUGCUGUUUCUGUCGUUGUCCCAAAGGAACGCCAAAGCUGUAUCAACCAAACUGAAUAGAGUGGGUAAUAUGUUCAUGUUCUCCAGUAACUUCAGAUCUGUUACUCAAGCUUGUUCUAAACUAACAGCUAAAUAUUACCUCAGCAGUCAGCUUCUGUUUAAAUAUAUUAAGGUUUAGGAGACAGAUCAUCUGUGGAGUCAUAAUGAAAAUCAAGUGUGUAGAUGUCCUUAUCAGC